CAGACGAACGGUUACCAAAAUACUAUUUUUGUAUGUAUGGGUAGAAGGUAUCACACGAGAAAAUGUCUCUGAUUAUAUACAUUUGACACUGGUUGCACGUUGUUUCAAGUGAAGCACAAAAUCGGUAAAUGACCUCAGACAGUCCUAACGCAAGAUAGGAAACCCGGCACAAUGGAUCACUUUCUACAGCAUUCGGAUGGUGAUGAUUUAGACAAGCUUAUUAAAAAAAUUGAAUUUGAAAAUCAAAAUUGUGUUCGACUAAUACAAAAAGAAAGUCAGCAUAUAGAAGCACUAGAGAAAGAAUUUAUGGAAGGAAAGUCCAUGAUCACAGAUCUACAAGAAAAGAUAUCACAGGUGGAGGAUGAUACCAAACAGGGUCAACGACAAUACACAUAUAACCGUGACAACUGUGAGAGUUUGAAGAAAACCCUGGUUGUGUUGAAAGAACAUAAUGUAGCUCUAGACAGCCAACUUACAGCUCUGAAUGAUUCAGCUCAACAGGAGAGGAAUGGACGCACAGAAAUUCUGCAGCACUACAAGGCUAUUUGGGAAGACUACCAGGGCAAAUACAAGAUAUUUCCACUGGCAUUGUCUUUGGAAGAGAAGCAAAAUUGUGUUUCUUCCUUGGAAAAACAGCUCCAAGAAAUGGAGUCCCAAAUAAAACAUUUGCAUAUUCAGAUUAAUGAAAUCAACAAAUCAACGGAUGAUGAACUCAAAGACCUGAACAAGUUCAUUGUUAAUUUAGCAGCAGUGAAGUUGUCAACUGAAUCAAUGUCAUGUAAAAUCAGACAGACAGUGGAGGCUAGAAGGCAGAUACAGGGACAGAUCCAACAGGAAACAGAAGCAAAGAAAGAAAGAGAACAACAAAGGCUGACUGUAGAGAGUGCCAAAGAGAACUUUAGUACUUCCGAGAUUUGCAUGCCAAAUUCAUCUCCUGAGGAUCAUAUUCAGCCUAAUGUGAGCCAAGAACAUGUCAAGCCACUUGCUGCUACAGAAUCUGUUCAAUCCCAUGGGAGCCCAGAGCAUGCUGAGCCCAGUUUAAGUCCAGUAUCAAUUGAGCCUUGUGUGAGUCCUGAUCAUGUUGAGCCAUGUUCAGACCAUACUCGACCACACUUGAGCCCAGAGCAGGAACAGCCUUCCAUGGAUGUUGAGGAAAGUGAAGAAGAUGGAAGCUCAGUGUUAAUAAGCAUGUUUAGUGAGAAACAAGAUGACGUAAGCAAUGGGCAAGAUAUGCAGACAAAUAUGAAGCCAUCUCUACAGCCUACAAUAUGUCACCCUUUAGUUGUCCUUCCACAACAUCUGUCAUCCUCAAAGUCCCAGACACUUCCAAAUCAGGCUCAUCAAAGAUUAGAUCAUCUAAUACAACGGCAACCACAACCGGGUCAACAACUAUCCCAACAAGUGCAACAGCGACCCCAUCAGGAACAAGUGCAACAGCGACCCCAUCAGGAACAACAGCAGGUACAACAACAACCCUGUCAGGAACAACAGCAGGUACAACAACCCUUUCAGAUACAAAACCAACCUCAACAGCAGGUACAACAACAACCCCGUCAGGAACAACAGAGGCAGCAGCAACCCUUUCAGAUACAAAACCAACCUCAACAGCAGGUACAACAACAAAUGUUUCAGGUACAAAAACAGCCCCAACAUGAACAACAGCAAGUUCAACAACAGCUACAGCAGAUACAACCUCAACAACAACUAGCCCAGUUACAAAAGCAGCAGCAUUUUCAACAAAUGCAACAUCAACAAGUCAAACAGCAAUUAUCACAGAUGGUUCCAUCAAUUACUUCAGGCCUUAACCAAAUAUCAACUCCAAAGCAAAAGCCAGAAUUGAAGACUUCAAACUACAGUCGAAAUGUGGCACCAAAAGCUCCGAGCAUCCACCAGAUGUCAGCACCCAAAACCCAAAAUUUCAAUACUGUAACUGCCCCAGCAGCUCUUAGCACUAGUCAAAUGUCAGCGCCCAAGAUUCCAAGUUUAAAACCAAUGUCUUCACCAAGAGCUCCCAGCAUCAACGAAGUGUCUGCAGCAAAGAUUCCAAAUUUGAAUCAAAUAUCUUCACUUAGUGCUCCAAGCAUCAAACAUAUGCCAGCUCCAAGGACUCCAAAUUUCAAUCAAAUUUCCACCAAUACUUCAAGCACCAGCCAAAUGUCAGCUCCUAGGCCUCCAAAUCUAAAUCAAAUAUCUGCACCAAGAGCUUCAAGCAUCAACCAAAUGUCAGCACCUAGGACUCCGAAUCUAAAUCAAAUAUCUGCACCAAAAGCUUCAAGCAUCAACCAAAUGUCAGCUCCUAGGACUUCGAAUCUAAAUCAAAUAUCUGCACCAAGAGCUUCAAGCAUCAACCAAAUGUCAGCACCUAGGACUCCUAAUUUGAAUCCAAUGUCUGCCCCAAAAGCUUCCAAUAUCAACCAAAUGUCAUCCCCACAGACUCCAAACUCGGAUAAAAUGUUGACACCAAGAACUGCAACCAAUUAUCAAGCACCAGCUGAACACUUAAGUCAAACAUCAUUAACACAGAGAGCACCUCCUCAGAGCCAAAUGAUUUUGACACAAAAGGGUGAAAAUGUCUCAACAUCCACUUCCUCAGAUGAUGCUGUUGUCUAUUCUUCUCAGCCACCAGAAACAAACAUGGGACAACAUUGUCCGCAAACACCACCUUCAUUCAAGAAAGGUAAUGAUGGAAUGGACAUUAGUCCCUUUGAUUUUGAGAAACAUCAGCAAAAACUCAAGCUUCUUUCCAAGUCUCCUGGACCUAUGUCUUACUCUUCACGCUCAAUGUUCUCAGAAAAACAGAAUGAUACACAGGACAGCAUUGGCAGUUUCCUCAACCCUUUCAUAGGAGAGGCUUCAAACUUCUUUGUAGAGGGAAAUACUGGUGGUUUUGAGACUGGACAGCCUAUGACUUUGUUUGGGAGUGACAAGUCAAAUAAUCUGUUUGGCAUUGGGGGAACAGAUUCUACAGAAAAACACUCAUCUCGUGGCGGCGAAAGCCUCAUGUCACUGUUUGGGGGUGGUGACCAGACUUCUCCGAAUCUAGAGGGUCAGGAACAAGAGACAAGCUUCUCCUUCAACUUUGGCACAGACAAGGGUGGGGAUACCCUUAUGUCACUAUUCGGGGGAGGUGUAGACAACUCAAGUCAAAACAACAACACAAAAGAAUCAAGUUUCUCCAUGAAUUUUGGAGGAGGAUCUAACACCUCAGACAGUCCGCGAAGUUUCAGUCUGUUCUGAUAGGAAUCGCCCUGUUUUGAAUAUAUUGUGAAUACAAUUCCUAACUGUGAAUAGUUUUACUGUAUUGUAUUGGUAUUUGGAACUGAAGAAAGCAUUAAUUUGACUGAAAAUGACAUAAAUUCAUUAAAUUUUUUAUGUUGUUAUACUGGCGAUUUAUUUAAAUUAUUUGUUAACUAUUUGAAUUUUACCAUUUAUAUUGAUGUUGGAUUGAUGAAAUAAACAAAUUGAAUUGUUA